UCUCCUUGUUCUUGAUUGGUAGUCAAAAUUAUUAGAGAUAUGGACAGAGGAAAUUCACUUGAACAUACACCAACCUGGGCUGUUUCGCUUGUUUGUUUGUUUAUCUCUCUCAUUUCUUUCACCAUUGAGACUGUUCUUCAUUACUUAACCAAGCUUUUAAAAAGAAGGAAAAGAAAAUCCCUCUACAGAGCUUUAGCAAAGAUCAAAACAGAAAUGAUGAAAAUGGGGUUCAUAUCUUUUCUUCUUGCAAUAUCAGAAGCACCCAUUUCAAAAAUUUGUGUGACUGAAGCCAUAGCGAACUCCCUUCUUCCAUGCAAAGAUCCUGAGGAGUUCAUUGAACCGGCUCUUUCAACUGAAAAUCAAAUUCCAGGCUCAUCAGAAUCAAGUACAACUCUUUCUGUUGAGUAUGAUGAACAAGAAUCCUACUGCGAGGCAAAGGGAAUGGUGUCACUGAUCUCAAGGGAAGGAGUCAUGCAGCUAAACAUCUUCAUCUCAGUUUUGGCAGUGUUUCACAUUCUUUAUUGCGUGUUAACAAUGUCUCUCGGGCUAGUCAAGGUUCCAAACAUGAAGAGAUGGAAAACAUGGGAGGAAGAGACUAGAACCCUGGAAUAUCAGAUUGCUAAUGAUCCAAUGAGGUUCCGGCUCACCCGUCAAACAUCUUUUGGGCAACGACAUUUGAAACUAUGGAGCAAUCACUUUCUCUUGCUUUGGCCAGUUUGUUUCAUUCGACAGUUCAGUGGCUCAGCCUCAAAAGCUGAUUAUUUCACUCUUCGAAAUGCGUUUAUCCUGGCCAAUGUUGCUGAAGGGAGUAAUUUCAACUUCCAGAAGUUCCUUGGAAGAGCUUUCGAUAAUGAUUUUGAACAGGUGGUUGGAAUCAGGUUUUGGAUCUGGAUCUUCUGCAUUCUUUUCAUAUUUUUCAAUGCACACAGAUUUUAUAACCAUUAUUGGCUACCAUUUCUUCCUCUAGUGAUUAUUCUUAUUGUUGGUACAAAGCUGCAAGUCAUAAUAACCAAAAUGUGUGUGGAGAGUCACAAGAAUAGUUCUGUGGUUCGAGGGAGUUUCCAUGUGAAGCCCGGUGAUGAGUUAUUUUGGUUUGGUCGACCUAAAUGGCUCCUCCAUCUCCUUCAGCUCGUCCUAAUCCAGAACUCAUUUCAGCUGGCAUUCUUUGCCUGGACAUUGUAUGAGUAUGGGCUUAGAUCUUGCUUCAAUCAAGGAACGGAGGACUUUGCCAUAAGGAUUGUGAUGGGUGUAUUUAUGCAGUUACUUUGCGGUUAUCUUACCCUGCCUCUUUAUGCACUCGUCACCCAGAUGGGUUCUAGCAUGAACAGCGCAAUAUUCACAGAAAGUGUAGUCAGAGGCCUGAAGCAUUGGCACCAUAAAGCAAAAGUCAGUCUUUCCAGGGACGAAUCUACUUCAACCAAAAACUCACCAAACUCCUCACUUCCUGACACCAUUAAUGCAUUAGUCAUGGCUGCAAAGAAUGAACAUCCAAUCUCAGCCAUAAGCUAUUCUUGCAAUGAGAUUACAGAAGAUGAUGUGCAGCCUUCCACGACAAGCACUCCAACUUCGGAAAUCUCUAAAGAGAAAGCAACGCCCAAGACCAUCACCGGAGGCAGCUAUGAUGGUGAAAUCUCUUUUGGAAGCAGCUGGAGACAACCAGAACCAGGCAAUGGCAUUGGAGAAAUUAGUCCAGCAAUAGAAGAAGACACCUCCAGUUCAAUGCUAACAAAAUCUGAUGAGCAACAUAUGAAUAUGUCAUAAUUUUUUCCGCACAUACUAUAUACAUUCCAUAAGUUAUUCAACAUGCAAUGUGACCUUUUGACAUAACAAAAUGUCAUACUCUUUAUCUUAUUUUGAAGCACAUUCUUAAUAAAACUCUGUUGUCUUUA